AGUUAUGUAUUGUCAUUGUGUGUGAUACUAAAUAUUCAAAAUCAGUUAGGGGAAGAUUCUUGAAUUUAUAUGAUAUGGAUGAAAGAGAAAUUUCGAGGGAGAGUAUGCUAACUCAAGAACCAGAUCAAUUUUCUUCUUCUCAAAGAAUUCUUCAUUUAUACAUUGGACAUUUUUUAGCUAGAUGGGGUUCAAGAAUGUGGGAAUUCUCUGUUGGUUUAUAUAUGAUCAGUAUUUGGCCAGACUCACUUCUCUAUGCAGCAAUAUAUGGUGCUGUUGAAUCUGCUUCCAUUGCAUUGUUUGGUCCAUUAAUUGGAACUUGGGUUGAUAAAUUGACUUAUGUGAAGGUUUUGCAAUUGUGGUUGGUGACACAAAAUCUCUCUUUUAUUGUUGCUGGUGCCACUGUAGUUGCCUUACUUGUCAACUCAUCUUUGAAGUUUACAAAUUUCCCAGUUUUUUUACUACUGGUGGUGAUAAUCAAUAUCUGUGGUGGCAUUGGAGUACUUUCAACUCUUGCUGGUACCAUCCUCAUAGAAAGAGAAUGGUUGUUAGUUAUAUCCGAAGGUCAACCGCCAGAACUGCUGACAAAGAUGAAUUCAGUUACGCGGCGCAUCGAUCUAAGCUGCAAGCUUCUUGCACCUGUUAUAACUGGUUUCAUAAUAAGCUUUGUAUCCCUUAAAGCAUCUGCUAUAACACUAGCACUUUGGAAUAGUGUUUCUGUUUGGGUGGAGUAUUGGCUUUUCACAUCUGUGUAUAAUGGUAUUCCAGCUUUGUGUCAAAGUAGCCAAAGGAGAGUGGAAAAGCUUUCACAAAAAACUGAUCUAGAAAGAAACAACUCAACUUCUGAGGGAGAUAGUUUGCUUCAUGUUGUUACUGAUGAUAGCUCAGAAAUGGUAGAUGGAAAAAGCAGGAAAACUUUUUUUGAGUGGAUUUCAAAAAUCUCUUAUGUUGAUGCUUGGAGAGUUUAUUUACAGCAAGAAGUUGUUCUUCCUGGAUUAGCUUUGGCUUUGCUAUUUUUCACUGUACUAAGUUUUGGAACUUUAAUGACAGCCGCCUUAGAAUGGGAGGGUAUACCUGCAUACAUUAUUGGAAUAGCGCGAGGAAUAAGUGCUGUAAUUGGAAUAGCUGCAACAGUUUUAUAUCCUGUGCUACAGUUUCAUAUAUCAGCUAUUAGAACAGGACUUUGGUCUAUCUGGUCUCAGUGGACUUGCCUCCUCCCUUGUCUAGCUGCAAUAUGGAUUCAAAAUGGAAUUCUAUCCUCAUAUGUUUUGAUGGGAAGCGUCGCGAUAUCUCGGCUUGGACUAUGGAUGUUUGACUUAUCUGUACUUCAACAAAUGCAGAACCUUGUUCCCGAAUCCGAUCGUUUGAUCGUUGGAGGUGUUCAGAGUUCACUUCAGUCCUUUAUGGAUUUAUUGGCCUAUGUUAUGGGAAUCAUAAUAUCUGAUCCAAAGGAGUUCUGGAAGUUGAGUUUAUUAUCAUUUAUGGCAGUCACAUUAGCUGCAUUUCUCUACUGCAUCCACGUGUACCGCGUGAGGAAGCAUAUCUUUCAUUUCGACAAACUAUUGCGGUGUAAUUCUUUUACGACAGGGUCGUAAAGUGUGAGGCGAACAAGGUAUAGGUAGUUGUCGUUAAUAUUGUUUCCCGAUUUAACAAAGUGAAUAAAAAUUAUAGAAAACGUUGGAUAAAACGUCGUUUAUCUAAAAUAAAUCUGAGAAUCCUAUUUUAUAUUCGGAUAAAAACAAAUUUUUAGAAUAGAUCUAAAUACUACCUUACAUCCUUCCCUAGUUAUGAUUUUCUCUUAUAAGUAUCAUACAUUAUAUGAUAAUAUAAGUUUUAAAAUCUAGGGUGGUUUUGA